AACUACUGAACCAAUCGACACGAAAAUUGGUAAGUAGGAGUUUUUGGGGUCGGGGAUGGUUCUUAUGAUAGUUCGAAACCCCUCCCCCCCUCUAAGGGGGGGCUGCCAUACAAAUGAAAGUUUUAGGAUGCAAGAAAUGUUUCUAUGGUGGUUAGACACUCCUCCCCCUCUCUAAAGGGGGGCUGCCAUACAAAUGAAACACAAAUUUGUGCAUUACUCGAAAAUUAAUCAAGCAAACGAAACCAAAUUUGGCAUGUGGAGGUCUAAGGAUGCAAUCAAUGUUUCUAUGGUGGUAAGACACUUCUCCCUUUUUCAAAAAAAAAAAAGGGGGAGGGGCGGUCUGCCAUACAAAUAAAGCAUAAAUUUCUGCAUAACUCAAGAACUAAUCAAGAAAAUAGAACCAAAUUUGGCAUGUGGAGGUUUUAGGAGGCAAUACAAGUUUCUGAGGUGGUUUGACACUCCUCCCUCUCUCUACAGGAGGGGGGGGGGUCUGAAUAACUCGAGAACUAAUCAAGCAAAUGGAAUCAAAUUUGGCAUAUAGAAGUUUUAGAGAUUAAUAAACAUUUUUAUAAUGGUUCGACACUCCUCCCCCCUCUCCAAGGGGAGGCUCUCAAAUUAAACACAAAUGUUUGCGAUAACGAAAUUGAUUUUCGUUCGAAAAUGGAAAUGGAUUUUAAUGUAAUAAAACGCACUCUUAUAUGGUCUUCUAUCUAUAUAAAUAUGAAUGGAUCGCCGAAUGUGUUGAUAAGAGCAAAACUCGAGAGAGGAAUUGUCUGAUUUAGGGGUGUCUCUAUUCUAUCAUGUUUUCGGUAUCAAACAUUUAUUCCAUGUAACGGAGAAACAUUUCAUUUGCAAGUGGUUGAAAAAUGUUUAACGAGAAUUGUGUCUAAAAAUAAUCUGAUAUUAUAAUGACGAGUUUUGGUAGAAGUACUAGGAAUUUUAUAGUAAAAGGUAAUUUUAAAGAUAAUUUUUGUUUCAAUCAAUGAACAAUUCUGCGAUUAGACUCAUGAACAGCGCUUAGUAAGGAAACAUGAAUGUGAUAACGAAAAAUAAAAUUUGGGCGGGACGAAGUUUGCCGGGUCAGCUAGUGAUGUUUAUAAAAGUCCCCUAUUGAUCCGCAGGGACCAACGUGAGUCAGACGAAAAGUUCAUCUUUGGUCCUCUAGCUCGGUCAGGGCUUAACGUUUUAAAUAAGCCGGAAGAACUAGUGUAUACUCGACAGGAAGAGGCAGAGUUGAUGAAGUAUCGUAAAUGAAGCGCUGCUUGGACAUUCCCUUCACGUCUGACAGAGAAGGACCUUCUUCGAGAACUUGAUGUGAAUGAUAUAUUCGACAUCAUCGCUUACCUGGGGAACGUAAACAAAAUCUAAACCACCGAAAAAUCACAACUAAGUGCCGAUGAUCAGAAAGAAAUAAUACUGAUCAGUUUAGACUCGCUCAACUAUGGUUUAUGUUCAAAUAACGUAUAUACAUAUCGUUUUGUUUUUUGUGUCCCGCGUUAGACCUCUGACCAUCUGGUCACUUUAUCUAAUACACAAGUGCAGGUAUAGAGAUUUGGAUAGCACUCGGUUCCCUAAGUCCUUCCCAAAUUAUUUAGAUAAUCCUCCAAAUAUUCCGGUCGUUUCAUCAUGUUAUCAACACCCCACAUGUAAAAUGCAGAUAAAAAUGUAGAUCUGAAUGUGUUUUUAAAAACUUUUGUUUAACGUGUCCACGUGGACAUUAUCUGAACUCCCACCCCCUUCACCGUGGACAAGCGUGGACAUUUUCGUACCAAAUUGAAACACAAAUUUCUGCAUACCUCGAGAACUAAUCAAGCAAAUGGAGCCCAAUUUGGCAUGCGAAAGAUUUAGGGGACACGAUACGUUUCUAUGGUGAAUAGACCUUGGGGAGGGGGCGGGCUCGGGGCGAGCCAGGUGCCCAUCAGGAAUAAUCUGUUUGAUGAAAUUUAUAAUCUUGAUCGGCGACGCAGACCAAAUUUCCUUGGGUACAAUAGUCCCCGCAGCCAAACAGAGACUGAAAUCUCGAAAACCAACUUCCAUACCUGUUGCACGAAUACCGUUCCAUGGUGCAACAUGACACGUGUGCUAUUGAACCACGAACUUAGAAUAAAUAACAAACUCUCACUUCAGCGUUACAUCAACAAACUAACUAAGACAGUGUUGCAAUUCAUUACGAAUCGAAUAACGAAAUCAAUUUAUAUCUGUUCAAAGUCCAUUAAUUUCAAAAUUCAAAUAUGGGUUGCAAAUAGCAGCAAAUAAGUUGUGAAGUUCACUUAUUUGCUGCUGGUAUUCUAGAAUGCGAUAGAUGCACUUAAUAUCUCUAACAAUUUGAAGCAGAACGAGUGAUGAGAGUGGCAAAUUCUAAUUACUGGUGAGGAUCGUGCCCAUUAUUCAUCGGCGAAAACAUGACACCCAAGUGUGAAGUUUUCUUCGAAUUUAUAUUCACAUGUCAACUUUACGAUUUCCAAGAUAGAGAUAAUAUUUCCACGUGGUAAGCAAUACCAAGAACAUAUCCGAUUAGAUUCGUCAAUAUUUCCAUUUUAAAUUUAUAACAGUUUUUUUUUCUAAAAUCUGGGCCUUUGAGGAGAUGGGAUACAACUUAGAUGUCUUAUAAACAGUUUUGUAUGAAUGAAAAAUAGUUGAUUAAACUAAGUUUAUAUAGCGUCUGUGAUUUUCUUUCUCUCGGCAAACAGUAACAACAGACAAAGGUCACGAUCGGAUAAAAGAUCGUUACUGGAUCUGUAGCACGUGCCAAUAUGCGCCUAUGAACGAACAGCUGAUAGUAGUUAGUAGUACUUAGUCCUAGUGACUUCCACCCCAUUCAGCACUAUCUUCAAUUCAGGAGAAUUAAUAUCAUUGGCUCUGUUGAAGAUUCACACCGAUUGUAACAGAGUUUAGUUCACUACCUGGAACUGUAGCACGGAAGUACGUGCCAUUGGAUAAUAAUUGUAAACGGUAUUACAUCGUAUAAAAUCUGGAAAAUAAAUUCAUUCGUUCCGUAACGGCCAGAGGAUCAGAUUGCCUCCCGAGGGAGAAGAGUCAAUAAUGAAAACGUUUCCUACAGUUCUGAUCGUGGUGCUCGAUUUGACCGCUGCAUUCGCCGCGAUUGCUCCAGUGCUCGAGGUUUGCAAUCGAAACGAUCCGGCUUUGGCCCAAUGUAUUCUCGGUGUAGUCGAUAAAAUCCGACCGAAUAUCGCUUCCGGAGACUUUGGAGGAAAUUGGACUGCGCCUCCGUUGGAUCCGUUGCGGAUCGAUGGAAUCGAUAUUGACCAAGGGUCAAGUUUUACCACCAAAUUGUGGAAUAUUACUAUCAACGGUGUCAGUGGUUUUGUGAUUCGGAGAUUCCAGGUCGAUUUGCCGAACAUGAUGUUAAAUGCCAGCGUGAAGAUACCAUCGACAUUAGUGACAGGGAUGUAUCACUUGAACAUGAAUAUUCUACUUCUGAGGCUUGCCGGUGAAGGGCCCUUCAAUUUGACGCUAAAUAACACAAUUGUCAAUCUGAAGAUUAAAUUCUACCUAGUACCGAAAGAUGGUAAAAACUAUGUCAGAUUCCAUCCGAUUGGCAUGAAUAUUAAGUUCAACGAUGCGCGGUUUUAUCUGAAGAACUUGUUCAACGGUGAACCAACGUUGGAAGCUAUUGGAAACCAGGCUAUCAAUGCAAAUCCGUACGUUUUGCUGGACGAGGUGGAACCUGCGCUCGUGGGAAAGCUAACUUCAACGAUGACGGAAAUUGCCAACGCAGUUGUGGCAGGGAGUGAUAUUGACGAGUUACUUCCGCCGUGAUAAAUGGGGG